GAUCUCUCUACCUAUUUAUAGAUCCGUAUCUCUGGGCUCAUUCAAUAUACAUGAUGAGUGAAGACCGGAGUGGACCUUUCCAUUUUCCUCCAAACAUGAAACAUAAUCGCAAUAUACUGAUUCUCCCGAGAUACUGCUCAAUUGAGGCAAGAAUUGAAAACCCUUUUGCGAAAAUGGCCCAAAAAGUGGUCUUCAAUGAGACCCUUAUCAAGUACGCACGCCUAGACAUUGGGGAGCCUCAGUUGAGGAAGGAGGUUGAGGAGCUGUUAGAAGGUAAAUUCCGAACUCUUGGCCGUCAUAGAUCUUUCCUGUCUUCUGGGAGACAUCGUAUUGAUCUUAGAAUCAGGUCAUCUAAUGGUAUGCCACUGCAGCUCCGGUCCCCUGAGUUUGACAUCCUAUGGUCUGGUUUUCGGAGGUCUUUGCGUGAUUGGUUCCGUAAUAGGAGGUUUCAGACAAGCUCCAUGAUUGACUUUUUCUAUGAAGUGAAGGCUUUAAUUGAUAAGCAUAACGGGAAAACAGAGAAGAGGAACAAGAAGAGGAGGUACAGUUCAUGUGCUGUGGUGGGGAAUAGUGGGAUUCUAUUGAAUAGUGAGCAAGGGAAGUUGAUCGAUGGCCAUGAGGUUGUGAUCCGUUUAAACAAUGCCAAGAUCGAAGGGUAUGAGCGAAAUGUGGGCUCGAAAACAAGCAUUUCGUUUGUGAAUAGCAACAUAUUGCAUCUGUGUGCCAGAAGGGAAGGGUGUUUUUGUCAUCCUUAUGGCCCAAAUGUGACGAUCAUUAUGUACAUUUGUCAGCCAGUCCAUUUCUUCGACUACAUGUUGUGCAAUUCGUCUUUCAAGGCACCUUUGAUUGUCACCGACCCACAAUUUGAUUUGUUGUGUUCUAUGAUUGUAAAGUACUAUUCUUUGAAACGGUUUGUGGAGGUUUCGGGGAAGAAUGUGGAUGAAUGGGGGGCUUCACAUGGUGGGGUUAAUUUCCAUUACUCUUCGGGUAUGCAGGCUGUUAUGCUGUCUUUGGGAAUGUGUGAGGAAGUUAGCAUUUUCGGGUUUGGGAAAUCGGCCUCAGCCAAGCAUCAUUACCACACUAAUCAGAAGGCUGAGCUCAAGCUGCAUGACUAUGAGGCAGAGUAUGAUUUGUAUGGGGAUUUGGUGGAGAGGCCUCAGCUAGUUCCCUUCCUUCCCGAUAAGUUCACGGUCCCACGUGUUUCUAUAUACCGAUGAUCGCAAGGUAAUGGGAGAGAUUUUCUGUCUAAAGACUUUAAAUCACUUUAAUUCAUCAAUGCCCUGAAUUUAUCCAACCUCUGAUGAGGUGCAAGCCAAGUGUAGAAUGUAAUGUCAAUUGCUGAAUUGUACCCUUUUUUUAGUACUUCCAAGUUCUCAAAUAGAUAGUGUUUUGCUGG